CUCCGGAAGUUGAUGCUCACGUCCUGCAGCCCUACUCUACAGUCUCCCCUCGACUUUCCCGCGGGCUUUUGCGCUCUGCCUUGACCAAAGUUUCCCCGGCAGGCUUUGCGGCCAGGCAGGCCGAGCCAUGGCUGCGGGGGCCGGGUUGGCCGCUCCUUCGGGCCCGGGGAGCCCGGUGGGCCCCGCGGCUAGGGACCUCUUCGCGGAAGGGCUGCUGGAGUUCCUGCGCCCGGCUGUGCGGCAGCUGGACACCCACGUCCAUGCGGUCAGGGAGAGCCAAGUGGAGCUACGAGAACAUAUCGAUAGCCUGGCCACAGAGCUCUGCCGGAUCAACGAGGACCAAAAGGUAGCCCUCGACCUGGACCCUUAUGUCAAGAAACUGCUCAAUGCCCGCCGUAGAGUCGUCCUGGUUAAUAAUAUCCUGCAGAAUGCACAGGAACGUCUAAGGCGACUCAACCACAGCGUGGCCAAGGAGACAGCCCGUAGGAAGGCCAUGCUUGAGGCAAGUGGAAGCUACCCACAGGGUUCCCCCAGCAAGUGAGGAACAAACGAGGCCGCCACUCCGAACAAGGGGAAGAGAUGCCGCCUGCUGUUUCGGGGUAUGUGGCUUUCUUGCUCGUGGAUGCUACCUGGUUGGGGAGCCAACAGGAGCGGAUGACACUGGAGCCAGGGGAUGAACUGGAGACAGCACCAAGCCAGGAGUCCGCGUACAGCAAUGAACAGAUUCACCCAGAGCCCCUUUCCUCUCGCAUGGGGAAGGCGGCUUUAGUUAAUGUUUCCUGAACGCUUUUUGCAAGCCACGCGGCAAUGCAGAGUUGGUGCAAUUAUGGCACGAGAAAGUAUUAAGAAUGUUUGAUGCUGGUGCAAUAAAUGAUUACUGCUA